AUAAGGAUAAUAGUGUCCAAAUAAAUAAAAAAUCAAAUUAGCUAUCAGUUGAUAAAAAAAAAAAAAUUAAAAUAGAGAUGAUAUAAUCAAGAGCUGAUUGUGACUAAUUUAGCUAUCAACUCUUGUUUCUUAAGUCACUACAAAUAAUUUAAUAUAAUUGUUUAAUGAGAAACAACUAUCGGCUAUAUCAAACCUCUAAAUCAAACAGCUUCUAAAUCAGCUAUCAGUUGAUGUUUCUUAAGUUUUUACCAAACGUUUUAAUAUAGUUGUUUAGUGAAAAACAGCUAUCAACUACAUCAAACCUCUGAAUCAAACAGCUUCUUAGUGCUAACUAAAAGCAUUCUCAAUUAAAACACGUGAGACUUAAAUCUUCAGAAGAUAAGAUUAAAUUCAAUAUCAAUUCUAAAUAAAUCUAACUAUCACUAUUAAGUUUUAGAUGUACGAGUGCUUAAUAUAAACCAACAUUCGAUUAAAACUAUAUAAAUCAAAUUGGACUUGUUUAUCUCAUUUCCUUAUUAGUUCCGAUUCUAAUUUGAUCAUUCUUUCGAACAGAAAAAGAUAGUUUUGGUUUAAAAUAGUUAUCCAAACUGAUGGUACCCCGUUCAAUACUUGCAGUUGAAAUAAUCAUUUGAAAAUAGAAAAAUAAGUAUAAAUUUAUUCGCCAUGCCAUAUUCUCUCCAAAAAAAACAAAGAAAAAAAAAUAUAUUUGUAAAGUUUUAAACAUGUAAAAACAUUAAAUAUCUUUUUGUACCGUACAUAAAACUAAUUUUAAUAUGAAUCUUGAUAUAUCUAGAAAGACAUAUUCUAUAGAGAAAGAGAAGAAAAGAAAAUAAAAAUUACAAGAAUGACAAAUAGAAAGAAACAAUCAAGAAAUUGGAAAAAGAAAAGUACGAGACAGGAAGACUUGACUUGACUCAGUAUCUAAUUACAACUGAAAAUAGCAAUAUAAUAAUACUCUUUAUUUACGUGCCGGCAAACCUCUUCCAAAACAAACAGAUAUUAAACACACACAAAAUGACCAAUUCAAAAAUGCAAGACCAGUAAAAAACAAAUUAAAAGAUACCAAAUAUAUUUGGCCAUUUCAAACCAACUUCACAUACCGGACCUUAUAUAAAUCCACUUGCCCAUCUCUAAUAAAUCCUAAAACAAAAACCUACUCAUUUUAGAGAGAUAUAUACGCUUCUGGAACAUCAAGAACAUGGUCAUUUCUUCCACAAGAAAGCAGCUGCAGGGUCCAAGGCCUGCACCACUAAUGGUGAGCAAGAACUCUUCGAAGAUCAAGAAAUCAUUACUGCCUCAUCCUCCAAACCACCGUCGUUCUCCUGUUAUCAUUUAUCUGAAAUCACCUGAUGUUAUUCAUGUCACCCCGGAGGAGUUCAGGGGUCUUGUGCAGCGUCUUACCGGGAAGAAACAAGAACAAACUACUGUCUCUGCUUCAUCACAUUCUUCUUCUUCUUGUUCUUCUUCUUCCGCAGCUUCUACAACAGUGGUUGAUGUCAGUGAUGAUGAAAAAAUGAAAAGGGUCGGUUCCAGCAUGGCCGAACAAGAAUUUACUACUGCUGACUUAGCUCAAUGUCAUAAUCUUUGUGUAAACAUUUACAGUGAUGAGGAUUGGUAUGAAUUUUAGUAGGGUAUUACACAAUGUAAUUAUUGCCGUGGACUAUCUUAUAUCUUUCAAGUUCUUUUCUUCA